AUGAAAGCGAUACUUCAGCGCGUGCUGUCGGCUUCUGUCACGGUGGACAAGGAGGUCGUCUCCUCCAUCGGCAAAGGCGUACUGGUCUUUGCUGCCGUGGCGCCCGGCGACACGGAGAAGGAGAUUGAUUCCCUGGCCGCCAAGGUCCUCAAGAUGAAGUUGUGGGACGACGAUGCUGGUGGUAGAUGGAAGAAGAGCGUGCAGGAUAUCGGCGGUGAAGUUCUAUGCGUCUCGCAGUUCACCCUCCUGGCAUCUACCAAGAAGGGAGCAAAGCCGGAUUUCCACGGUGCCAUGGGUGGGGAAGAAGCCAAGAGAUUAUACCAGUACUUCUUUGACAAGGUGCAAACGGGUUAUAAUCCUGAAAAGGUCAAGAACGGCGUCUUCCAGGCCAUGAUGGAGGUCGCGCUCGUGAACGACGGUCCGGUCACUCUCGAGUUGAAUGCCACGCCGCCACCGCCAAAGGCACCUGCUUCAUAA